UCGUAGUUCAGGCUGGGUGAUGUAACAGUCACGCUGCUCUCCCUCAUCAUGUCACGGAAAUAAAAAAUGAAUUUCGGGAUGUUUGACGGUGGAGGUCCGUGAUCGCAGUGGGCAGCUCCUCUGACUCCUCUCCCCGGACAUUAAUCCUCUUACCUGGGCACGCAGCUCGGGGAGGACCGGUCGAUCUCCCAGGUCGCAAACAAGUUCAUCGGCACCGGGACGCGGCCGUCCUGCUCCCCCGCAGCCCCGGAGCCUGCGGCGGUGUCCGGGUCCGGAGGGAGAGCGCUCCCCCGGACACCUCUGUCAGCUGCUGCCGCCGCCAUCGUCGCCUCUCCCGAGUCUGAUCCCGGCGGGUGAUCCUCAGGAGCGGCUGCGAGAGCGAGAGAGCGCGGGGCGGGGCUGGAUGGAUGGAUGAGGGGAGGAGGAGGAGGAGGAGGAGGAGGAGGAACACAGAUCCAGGAUCAACCAGAGCAGAGGUAUGGAUGCUAAUAUCACAGACCCACCUAGCGCACCGAACUACAACAUAGAGACAGCGUUUUGUAGGGGAGACUGGGGACGGUUACCACGUCUUUAUUUUCUUAAAGGUCCUCACACACCGGGACCAACGCGAAUAUAGAACAAGAAACUACGAAAUAUCCAGAGGUGAAUUUUGACGCGCCUGACUGUACACAUCAAGCCCGAUGUGAUUUUGCGACUUUCCGGGGAAAAAAGAGGCAUCAUGGGGGAAAGUCCCGCCUCCUUUGCCUCUGAUUGGCUAGAAAAGCUGGAAACGUCAUCACACGCUCGAGCCAAACGGUCAGCACUUAUAGCCAAUCAGAGGCAAUAAGAUAAACACAUGAAACUAUAGUAACAACCGUCAGCUUAAGUUAGCGCAGAUGAAAGUUAAAACAAAGACGUUUAUCAAACUGUUAAAGCUCACAAACCAUCGUCAUCGGAGAAAUCCGACACUAUGACUCUCCACAAGUCGUCCUUCAGGUCGUUAUCUUUGUAAUGUUUGUGUCUUUUAUCAAAAAUCACUCUGUUCUCCGACAUGUAAACAAUCAGCCGGUCGGCCAUGUUGGAUAUACCGGUGAAUCUGAUUGGUCAGAAGUCGACACACAGUAUGAGAAACUUUAGAAAAAUCGACCGUGAUCCGAAAAACAUAAACGCCACAAUAUCGCAGGACGGGAAAAUGUCGCUGAUGUGAACGCUUGUAUUGACAGGAUACAUGUUGGAAAAAAUGUCAACGUCUGAAAUAAUCGCACGAAAAAAAUGCUCCCGGUGUGAAAGGAGCUUUUUGUUGCUGGUCGAUACUUGAACUCCUCCACUUGAGGCAGGACCGCCCCUUCGACCUGGAGAAGGUGAUCUACGGAGAAAAAGGUCAGAAUUAUUUUUGCAUUUAGUCAAAUAUUUUUCAUUUUCAUACAUUUUCCUAUUUUAAAAAAAUGUUGAAUUAAAACAUUUUUGUAGUUUUUAAAAGUUUCGUUUGAUAGAAUUCUUUGCUUUGUGAAGAAAAUGUUUGAACACACAGAGACAGGAUAUUUUUUUGCAUUUUUAAAAAUAUUUUGUGAGUAUUGUUCGUUAGAUAAAUAUAUUUAUUUAUUUAGAUAUAAAGUAAAGUUGCUUGAGUCAGCCACAUGUGGCCCUUUAACAGGAACUACAAAAAGGAACUAUUCCUGUUUCUGUUUGACGGGGAAAAAGAAAAAUGAGGAAACUUUUUCAAGAAAAUCUGAGAAACUUGUUUUUUUUCCCACUGAACACCAAAAGUUCAGUUCAGCGUGAGAAAAAAGAACCUCUCAGCCGGUCACAUGACCGAACGAGACCGCUGAUCCACGUCACAGACACUCAGAAAACUCACAAAUGAUGAUUCUUCCUUUAAGCUUCUUAAAAAGACGUCUGGAUCAUCUGUAACAGUCCAGACUUUUCAGUGUGAUAUUCUGUGUGUGUGUGUGUGUGUGUGUGUGUGUGUGUGUGUGUGUGUGUGUGUGUUAAGAAAACUCUAAUAAACUCUAAAAACACUCAUUUUAAGGCAGAAUUUGAUCACGUUGAAGCGGCUGAACAGACGUGACGACAGCCUGAACUGCUUUUUUCAUACCUUGAAUCAGUGAAAGCAUCGUGACCUUGAACAGAAGAGGCCCCAGGAUGACGCCUGGAGAACUCUGCACGACAUUUUUAUCUCUGCAAAGAGGAAACCUGUUUUUUUUUUUUUUACAUAUGAAAGUAGCAGAACAGACGUGUCCACGUCCUCUGACCACGAGCACGCACAGACGGUCACGUAUGUUUAACUUCAUAAAGACUGAGACUGAACUCCGUCUGCAGCCAGAACAACCCGACCUCAGAGGAAACACAGCGGCCGAUCCAGUGAGUAAACAUCUCAUCUGCAGAAUCAACCAAUGAUCGAUCAGUGAUUAUUGAUCAUGUUACAGAGUCAGGGCUGAAAAAGCGCAGGAAAACUUUCAUGUUGCUUAGCAGUCGAGUUUAGAAAGUAGAUGUUUGCUGUAAGUUUGAUAAUCCCAUGUCAAUAACUGUCUGUAUCUCCACCUUCUAGAGAGCUGAGAUGGUCAAAGGGGCUCUCCUCGAAAUCCUGGACGAGAUGGAUGACAAAAACUUCGAUCGUUUCAAGUUUUAUCUGAGAGACGACCGACUCUCGGAUGAAUACGUCAUCGCCAAGAGCAAACUGAAGAAAGCCAGCCGUUGUGAGACCGUGGACCUGAUGGUCGAGGUCUUCACCCUGGAGCAUGUGGCUGGGGUGGCGUCAGAUAUCUUGCAGAUGAUAAAGAGGAACGAUCUGGCAAUGAAGCUGGAGGAAAAAGGUCAGUCAGUCUGAAGUCACAAAUGAUCAGUGUUUUAUUUUCAAACCAGACCAACAAUGACCUUCAAACCCGCUGACAGGUCUGACCAGCUCUCCUGAAAGAGCUCAGAGGUAGACGGGGAGGGACCUGUUAUAGUCGAGCUCAGGGGUCUUUGCUGCUGCUCCCCCUGCCCUGACCUCCUGUAGGCAUGUUUUUGUGAAUGUUCAUGAACCAGAGAAAAGCUGUGCUCCUCCUCCUGCAUGCGGAGAUGAUCCUCUCAGUCCAAAGUGGUUACCCUCAUCCUCAGAUGUUCGUGUGUUCUUAUGUUUUAUGUUUUUAUGUGAAUGAUUCGAAGAUGGUCAAAAUCAGAGAAUCUGGAGGUUCAGGGGGCGGCGGUCUGAGUCUGAAUCAGGCGUCUGAACGAACAAAGUCCAUUAAUAAUGAAAUGAACUCUGGCUGAUAAUUCCUCUUUUUGUUGACAGUGGAGGAGGAGGAGGACUGAAGAUAAAUCCACCAGGACCGUGAAAAGGAGAACAUGAGGUUCACUCAGAAGGAGCGAGUCAAAGUGCCUCAAAAAUCACAAAGAGAAAUAAAAUGAGAAAAUAAAAA